UCCAAGCGGCACGUGUUUAGCACGGAGCGCUUUGCGCGCGACUCACUUCCGUUUCCAGUAAUUUCUACGGGCAACGAAACCAGAGGCAGCAGUCGAGAGGAUUCCAGAAGCGAGAGUUCACUCGUGGCGGGCACAUUCUGUCAGAACCCACGGCUCAAUUCAUUUUCAGCAGAAUAUCUUUUAUAAAUCAAUAUGGCGAAGUGGGGAGAAGGAGACCCUCGCUGGAUCGUGGAGGAGAGAGCGGAUGCUACAAACGUCAACAACUGGCACUGGACCGAGAGGGACGCCACAAACUGGUCAUCAGAGAAGCUGAAGGAGCUGCUCAUGGGGUUGUGGGUGGAGGGUGAAGAAGGCAAGUGUGAGAUCACAGAGGUCAGCAAGGUGGAGGGAGAAGCAUCCAUCAAUAACCGCAAAGGGAAGCUUAUAUUCUUCUAUGAGUGGAAUCUUAAGGCCGCCUGGAGAGGGACAUCAAAAUCAGGCAUCAUAUACAAGGGGAAUAUUGAAGUUCCAAACCUUUCGGAUGAAAAUGACAUGGACGACCUUGAUAUCAGUGUGAGUCUUUGUAAAGAUGAGCCUGAGACAGCGCUGCUUUCUCUGAUGAGGAGUGAGGGAGCCAAAAAAAUCAGCACGGUGCUAGCCAGCUACGUGGACUUCCUCAAAACAGAGUUCACACAGGGCAUGAUCCUGCCAACAGCCAAUGGUGUGACGAAACAGCAGACAGCACAGGCAACAACCAAGUCAAACAAAACUCAGAUUGGCUCAUGUAGCGCUGCUCCUCCUCCUCCCAACACAGGGGUAAAAAUCCCCACCUGCAAGUUCUCCAUAAAAGACACCUUCCUCACCUCACCAGAAGACCUUUACAGGGUCUUUCUCAAUCAGGAGAUGGUGCAGGCUUUUACACGCAGCAGUGCUGUGGUCGAGGCUGAAAAGGGUGGAAAGUUUCGCCUGUUGGACGGAAACGUGAACGGAGUGUUCCAGGAGCUGGUUCCUGAGCAGAAGAUAGUCAUGAAAUGGAGGUUCAACUCAUGGCCUUGUGAGCACUAUGCGACGGUGACAUUGACUUUCACAGACAAGGGUAAUGAGACCGAUUUGAAGAUUGAGUGUCGGGCAGUUCCUGAGAAUGAAGAGGAACGAACACGAGAUGGCUGGCAGAGGUACUACUGCCACGCCAUUAAACAGACAUUUGGCUACGGCGCACGACUCUGCUGAGCCCAGGAUGUAGCCGCCUCCGUUUAUGGCUCUUUUGUUUUAUUGGUUUUAUUUUUGUUCAUUUCACUCCACCUAUAAAAGAGGGGAUCUGAAUGUGACUCUACUGAACAGCUGGCAUCCCAUCGCUCCAUUAUCACGUUCCGUUAUUUGGAUGAUUUUGAUGUUUAUAGUAAAUAAAAAAGAUUGAAAAGUCAGAAAUGUAAGAUGAAAAGAUGAGUGCUAAAGAGGACACUUGGGUCAUAUGAAAUAUCUGUUUAUGUAUGUAAUAUAGUGUACUUAUUUCAACAUGGUAACUCUCUGACGGCACUCCUGUCCUGUUCUGUGAAAGGGUCACAGGGUAUGCACUGGCUGGUUUUUGAUAAGUUAAGAGGCUUUAUGAAACAUUGGAUCUUCUUGAAAAUGGUUUGGAGAAAGAACAAUAAAGAGAUAUUUCGGACCACUUAAUUAAUGUUUCUUUCUGAUGGAAAUAGUCAUUCAUGUAAAUUUUUGUCAUCACAUCUAAUAGUAUUAUGAACAUAUGAGGUUUUAACUCAUAGCCAUUUACAUUCACCAAAGCAAAUACAAGCUGCAGAAAGCCUGUUUCUUUCGUCUCAAACAGACUAUUAAAAAGAAAAUCAUGUGGCAUGCACAACUGGUCAUUUUUAGAUCACUGCUUUGUAUUACUGCAAGUACUGUAUUUCAGCCUUUAUAGGAUUUGCCUGGGUUUAGCUGCUAUGUUUGAAAUGCUUGAAAAGGGAACCUCAGACCAAUUUUAAGUCACUCAGUUUUGUUUGUAUUGUCCCAAAUUACAAUCCCGAAAAAGCGUUGAGUUUUAUUUAUUUUCUUGUAUAAUUUCUGCAUCACACUUUGUCACCAGACAAAGAGCAUCAAUUACUUAAAAUAAAAAUACCUUUGAAACAUCA